AUGCCUACAAAUAUUGUAUUGUUAGUAAAAAAGGCAGUAAAACCUCAAAAGGAACGAGGAGCAUAUGAAAAGAGACGUCGAAUUGAAUUUUAUGAAAAUCAAUUAGCAAAAGAAGUACCGCCGACUUUAAGACAUUCGUUUUCGUUUCAAUAUUUUAAAAUGAUUGAGUGUGAUGAAAUGGAGUUGAAUGAAACAGAGGAUCCGCUAUCAGAGAACAUAACUUUUAAAGAAUCAGUUAAUUUUCUAAAUAAAAAGAGAAACAAAGGAGUUCAAGUAAAUAUAAAGACUUCACAGAAAAAUCAAGCAGUGCAAACAAACAUAAGAAGGAACAGUGUGUAA